GCUGCCGUCGCGAUGCAGCAACAACAAAGCCUCCGUCUACCGCCCCUGCAACUACUGCAAAUCAACACCACAAAAGCUGCACGAACAUUUCCCUCGACCGAAUACGGUGACAGCAAAUCCAACCACCCGACGACCCCGACGUCUGACCGAUCCCAUCGGAAGCCCACUACUCCUAGUCCACUCCUUACUGCGACCGCGGCAUCCGACGACAUUUACAACAACCCGACCGCUUGCGAUCCGUCGUCCUUGCACACGAGCAGACCUCACAUUAUUACCAACAGCCGACCCCAUAAGGGCCAGUUGCUUUCAACGGCUACCAUUGGGCAAAUUCCAGUGUACACCGAACCGCCGAGUCUGACCAGCACCACAACCUCUGACGAACCACAUACCACGACAUCAUUUCUAAGAAUUCCACAUGAUACCAAGAGUGCACCCGACAUCGUGAGACCUUCGACGCAGCCGGAAGGGUCUCAGGCCUGGCCAGCGAUCACCAUGGCUGGACCUCGAGUGGAAGCGGCCAAGGGCGCUCCCCGCAACUCGUCCAUAGACUCUGCCAUUUCGGCAAUCUCGACCAGCUCACAUUCCCACAAGAACCUGAAAAGUUCGGUCGACAGCCCGGCGGGGCCUUUGGAUAUUGGCAACUUGAUCAAGGCGGCCGGUAGUGCCGAGGCGGUUAUCCAGUAUCUCCUGAAGGAAAAAACAUCACAAGCCCAGCAAAACUCACAACUAUGGAGGCUGGUGGACAAACAAAGGGCCAUGAUCUUGGGCUUAAACAAGGAUUUGGAAAGAGCGCUGAAGGACAAAGAAAAGUAUCGGAAGAAGCUUAAAGAGGUUCUGGUCACUCCCGAAGUACCACCGCUGCCAACGACAGCGUCCCUGGAAAGGUCAAUGACGGACCCAACGUCCUCGGGCCGUCCUCCUCCCCAGUUGCAGAAGCUCAAUGUCCCUCUUUCGCCCGUCUUGGAUUCCGACAGCCAGAAGCACUCUCCUAUCGAGGUUGCACUAGCACCCUAUCCAAUAACACCUCCGGCAGAUCAACCCAACGGCCCCCCCACCGCUGUUGGGGAAAUGCUUGAUCCGUCUCACACGAUGCCCAAAGCCCACGAGCACGCCCUCGACCAGUACGACCACGAAGCGGAGGAGCGGGAGGCCGAGGACGCCCGCAAGGUAGUCGAAGAACUGGAAGUUCCGAUUCAUCUGGCAAUGCCCCCGACGAGGAGCCCCCCGAGCGAACCACCGCAGAUGCCACCUCCUAAACCACCAGUCCCUUCGAUGAACUCUAGUGACGGUCUCAGCCAGUUUCCUCUCCCGCCCGCGCCGCCACCACGGAAGCCGCCUCCAGCUCCCAUACACAUACAAGCCAAUACCCAGACGUCGACUGAUGACGGCGAGGCUGAUACCGGUUCGACCGAUUCAGAUUUGGAUGGCCUGAUCGGGGUUGCCAAGGGAGCCGAAGUUGAGAGGAGAGGACGACGCAGAACUCGAGAGGAGGAUGAGCAUGAUAGAGAGAUCAUUGCUCUGAAGGAGGCUGAGAGGCGCAGCCUGUCAAAGAAGAGUAACAAGAGCACAGCAAGCUCCAAGGGUACGCCCAGGGAAGAAUUGCCGGUUCCUAGUCUGCCGGCAAGCCCGCCGGCCAUCCCACGCGGCAGUCAGGCUGAAAAUCCGUCCAUGUUGACCCUUUUGAAAGCCGAUGAACGAGAUACUGCGCUCCCACUACCACCGCCAUUAAAGAGCCCUGGUCUUCCUUCGAGCCCUCGGCCGUUCGCCGUAGGUGCAGCUAACUCUUCAUUCAGCUCACCACCGCUUUCCCCACGCCAACUUGGUGCUUUUGCGAGUGCCCCGUUGUCGCCGCGGCCACCACGCCAGCCGAUACCGUUACCACUGAACACCCCCCAACAAACACCGCCAUCAGAGGAAUUGAAAUCGCCUAAACCACUGAACAUUGUCAAGAAGGCUAUGGAUGCUCUUACGGCAACGAGCCCCACCAAGCAUACGAGCUUGCGUGAAGGCCCGGUAGGAGAAGGCCAAGUUUACACUGGCUUCGUCACGGAGGAAUAUCCAGAUCUGCUUCUUCCUCCUAAUGCACUUCUAUCGAUUGAAGUCAAAGUGGCCUCAUCACGAAUGAAGCCAUCGCGUGCCAGUCUCCUCUCGCUCACUCAGCUUGAGGAGGACCCUGUUUUCACACUGGCAGUUCUGUUGCGGGGUCAGGGUACCGAGCUCUGGCGAGUGGAAAAGGAUUCAGUGUCUCUUGCAAAACUAGACCAACGAUUGAAGCAGUGCCCUGCCUUCACGGCUAAAACGCCUGAUCGAUCUCUCUUCAGUGGCCACGCUCCCGCGAAGCUCGACGCCAGGCGCAUGGCAUUGGAUCUGUAUCUUGAUGAGUUGCUGAACACACCUUUGGACACGGAAACAGCCAUCGAGCUUUGCAAAUACCUUUCGACGAACACCCUCCCGGCCAACGCAGACGAGACUGGCAUUGCAAUACCGCGACCCGAUAGCCAGCCCCAAAAGGCGGGACCUGGCGGCCGUCCCUUCAGGACUGGCUACCUCACGAAACGCGGCAAGAACUUUGGCGGUUGGAAAGCUAGAUUCUUUGUGCUCGAGGGUCCUCAACUACGUUACUACGAAACGCCGGGUGGUGCUCACCUUGGCACCAUUAAGUUACAGAAAGCCCAGAUCGGCAAGCAGUCGGCACCUCAAACGAACGACACGUCCUCUCCGUCGUCGGCCGCAGGCGGGAGCGAAGAGAUGGACAACCAAUACCGUCACGCUUUCCUCAUCCUCGAGCCCAAGAAGAAGGACCCGACAUCAAUGACCAAGCAUGUACUUUGCGCCGAGAGUGACACGGAACGCGACCAGUGGGUGGAUGCACUCCUGCGCUGGAUCGACUACCGAGAGCCCGAGGAGGAAGAGGCCAAGAAGAAGGAGGUAUUGAAGAAGGAGCCAAAACAGGGCCAAUCAGGGGAUGGACGUAUUGGACGUUCGAACUCGAAGCAGAAGAAGUCCGGUCGGCCUCAAAAGCCGCAAGAUGCCGAGUCCCUGAUUGCUGUCAACUAUGAGGCCACUCAGCAAGGCGAGAUGCCUCACUCGGCACCAAACCGCAAGGGUAAUUCGGGGCCCAAUUAUGACCAGCCCUGUCCAACCCCCAUGGGCAUGAGCUCUCAGCAAAGCUUUGCCAUAUCGGGUCCUCAGAACCCACAACCUAUCUCGGAUUCGGCCUCUUGGGGUAGCAGGACUGGAGGCAGUGGCCUGGUACCACCCGAUGAAAAGAAGAUUAGGAAGCGCAGCUUUUUCGGCUUCGCUACCAAGCAACCCCGCGGCUCGAGCGAUGGCACCGACUCACUUUUUGGAGGAGAGUCUAGCAGCGGACCAAGUGCAGCCUCCGGGGGCCACCCUACAGGUCCCUUCCGGCAGGCUUUCGGUGCUCCUCUGUCCGAUGCUGUGAAGUAUAACGCGCCAUUCGAUGUCAAGGUUCCUCUCCCUGCGGUUGUCUACCGCUGCAUCCAGUAUCUCGAGGCAAACAAUGCCCUGAACGAGGAAGGCAUUUUCAGGCUCAGUGGCUCGAAUGUGGUCAUCAAGCAGCUCCGUGAGCGGUUCAACGCGGAGAGCGACGUAAACCUCGUGGCCGACGAGGCUUACCACGAUAUUCAUGCCGUGGCAUCCCUUCUAAAGCUGUACCUCAGGGAGCUUCCGACGACGAUCCUAACGAGGGAUCUCCACAUGCACUUCGUCUCGGUGACGGAGAUGCCCAAUUCGGCUGCCAAGGUUGCUGCGCUGAACGAGUUGGUUGGCAGGCUGCCUACUGCAAAUGCCACUCUGCUCAAGUACCUGAUUGCCUUCUUGAUCAGGAUCAUCAACAAGUCAAACAUCAACAAGAUGACUGUCCGUAACGUUGGUAUCGUCUUUUCCCCGACCCUGAACAUUCCCGCUCCUGUGUUCGCCAUGUUCCUCCAGAACUACGAGGGUAUCUUUGGUAUCGAUGCAGAGCAGUACGAGCUGCCUUCGCAGCGAGACUGGCACGGAGAGCAGUCAAGGUAUCAUGACGAGGACGUCCGUAGCGUCGACAUGAACGCGAUGCCUAUGCAACGACCGUCAGCCCCCAGGCGCCCGUCGAUGGCCUCAAUCGAACAGGUGCGCCCAAUGACUUCGGGACAGGGCGGUUCACCUCACCGCCAGCGCUUGGCGGAGCAGGAGCGGCAGCGGAGCUCGCCGGAACCCAGGAUAGGACUGGGUCAGCUGACCAAUAGUCAGAUGAGGCCGACCCCGGCGCCUCAGCAGCAACAGCAGCCGCCGCAACCAGCCUACGAUCCGCAGUAUUUGUCGCAACAAGGCUAUCAAGGCAUCCCCACUGCAAUGUCCAACCGGCCUGCUUACGAGGGCGGCUUUGCAAUGCCGCAGAGCUUUGACAUGUCGCAACUGCACACGCCAAUGGGGCCCCGGAUGGUUAACCCUGGAUACGACAGGCCAUUGUAUGAAGGUGGCUCUGCUGCUAGCAACAGUGGAUAUGACGCCUAUAACCCUGGCAGUUCGAGGUCUAACCGCCGUGAAAGCGUCCUGAUGGGCGGCGCCAUGAUGGGGGGCCUGAACAACCAAGGCUCGAGGAGCCGGUUAAACCAAGAGACUCACUACUAG